UGUAAAUGUCACUGUUUUCUUAGUCGUCCCUUUGUGCCCCGCUGUGUCGCUGUUUCUGGCAAUCCUCUUACUUAAAGUGGCAAAAGGCUUCUUGAAUCCCUUCCUUCGGUGUAGUGGAGCGAGCCAUGUGCUUCCUGCGGCAGUGAAGUGUCCUCCUGACCUCCCGCGAAGCGAAUGAGGACAAGAUGAGGAUCCUCGUGAUGUCUGUCCUGAUCCUGGGCGCCUUGUCUCAAGAGUUAGAUUCUUUCCCCUGGAAGACUAGUAUGAAUUCCCUGGCAAGCAACGUCAGCAGUUCCAGGUUUCCUCCGGCGCAGCGCUCGGACCUUCGUCAGUCGGACCCGAGACGCAGAGGGAGGCGGCAGGCUGAUGGCUGGGAGCAUGAAAUCUCUGCGACUCCAACUUCAAUAACAGUGAAGUUUACUAACAAGCCGACAUUUACCCUGUACCGUUUGGAGUACUACGAAGCCGCAUCACUAAGAACUGCCGGAAGGUUAGGGUGGAGUCAGAAGAGCACUUUCACACUUGAGAACCUGCACCCUGGCACGGAAUAUGUAAUAAGAGUUUACAAGAGCUCCUCAGGCAGCUUUUCCAUCCGCCAUACGACCAAGAAUUCCAUUUCACUUCAUCUGAGUCUGAACUCACCAAACAGUGUAAAAGCCAGUUGGUCACAUCUACGUGAAGCUUCACGUACAUUCACGUACUCUUUAAGUUACAAGAGUACUUUCCUUGCCUGUCAUGACCACGCGAUCAACGUGGGUCCAUUACGGAUAGCGAGCUCAGGUGAAACGGUUUUGACUGAUAUUCCUCCUUAUGUCGAAUGUGAAGUGUGCUUCGAAGCCUCAGCUCAAGAUGAACCGGGGAGCGAGAAACAGUGUGACACCAUUAACACACCUCCGGCAAUCCCAGAAAACAAGAUUGAGCGAAUUUCCUGCUACGAAAAAGCUUGCACACUGUUCCUCGAACGCGACUGCACUCUCAUCCGCGGACCGAGCCUUUGUGCCCAUUUCAAGUUUUCUGGCCCGGGAGACAGCGAUCGCCCCUGGCAGAGGGAGUGCAAUGUCGACUAUGACCGUUAUUCAUUCACGGUCAACAAACCUCAAAAUCUGCUUCCGUUUACGACCUACAACCUCACUGCUUUUCCGGGGAAUGAAACGACGAUAAACACAAGGAAUAGCCUGAAGGGGUUCACAACAUUUAUGUCGCCUUCGAAACCUCCUGGGAAGGUCACGCAUCUUAAGGUGUCUGCCGCCGCCCACUCCCUCACGCUGACCUGGUCUGACCCAUCCGACAACCCUCCCAGGGGCCGACUCGAAGGGUUCAGGGUCACAUGGAACCGUGGAACCAGGCCGGAGAGGUACAUGCAAGAAGACCUACCCUUGUCCCAACUCCCUAUGAACAGAGAGGGACAGCGAUCCCACGCCAUCAGGGACCUGGAGGCUGGCGCAGACUACUACGUGCAGGUUAUUGCCUGGAAUGCUGGGGCGGCGGAAAGUGGAGAACCUAAUGGACAAGCAACGAGGACUCUACCAGGAGUGCCUUCACCGCCGCAGAGGGUCAACUACAGCAUCUCUGAUGGAGAGGUUUUCCUGUCAUGGGAGCCUCCUGUGGACAUGGCUGGGGGACGCGUCGUCUAUGCUGUCAAGCUGGACGGUCACAACCUUUCUUGCGAUGUUGAUGUCAGUGCAGACCGCCUUGAAUGUCUGUUGGAAGGUUUAACAGCAGGUGAGGAACACGAGGUGACUGUGAAUGCAUGCAACAGAUAUCAUUGCAGUGAUUCUGAACAGCUAACAGUGAUUGGUCCCGGAGUUAAAAGCGAAUAUAUCAUCCUCCCUGUGGUAUUGCUCCUCCUUUUGCUGUGUCUUAUAAUCUUUCUUGCAGUGUGGUGUCGACGCAUACCACAAUCUUCGAAGGCGUUGCUGGUCAAAAGUGAAGAGGGGUCUGGCACCGUCCUUGAACUGGUGGAGAGCCCAGCGGCCGAGCAGGAGGAGCUGGUCCUCGAACAGAGCUCGCUCGAGGGGGACCCCACCUACGAAAACCUCGCCCGGAAGAUCCCCAAGGCCGACCUCAACACGUAUCUCACUCGAGCAGUUAAUUCUCAGGACUUGGACAUCGAGUUCAGGAGCGUGCCGUCCAUCAUGAAGAAGAGCUGUUCAGAAGCCGAAAUCCCGAUGAACAGGCAAAAGAACAGAUACAAGAACAACUUGCCUUAUAAUGACACGAGAGUUACUUUGCCUGUAUUGUCCAACGUGCCGCACUCAGACUACAUCAACGCCAGCUAUGUAAACAGUUACCAGCGCAACAAGGCCUUCAUCGCCAGCCAGGGACCCAAGGACUUCGCCGUGAACACCAUCGACGACUUCUGGCGCAUGAUCUGGCACACGGGCGCUCGCGUGGUCGUCAUGGUGACCAGACUCGUCGAGGGCGGCCGGGUCAAAGUGGCCCAGUACUGGCCUGAGAAGGAACCCAUGUUCAAGGGCGGCCUCGAGAUUUACCUGAAGAAGGAGAAGGUGAAGAUGGACUUCGUGGUAAGAACCCUUGGCAUUCGGCUUGACCACGAAGAGAGAGAGUUGAAACAGUACCAGUUCUUGGCCUGGCCUGACCAUGGCGUCCCCCUGCACGCCUACAGCCUGGCGCAGAUGGUGGCCAACAUUCGGGCGGAGAACCUGGGCGACGGACCGCUUCUCGUGCACUGCAGCGCUGGCAUAGGACGCACGGGCACCAUCCUGCUGGUGCUGCACGCGCUCGACCAGCUGGAGGCGACGGCUCUUGUGAGCAUGCGCGACGGCCUCCUCGAGCUCAGGAAGGCGCGUCCUUUGCUCGUGGAGAACGUGGUGCAGUACCGCUUCGCCCACCAGCUCCUGCACGAGAUCCUCUGCGGGGAGACGACGAGCAUCCCCUGUGGGAGCUUCCUGGAGGAGCUGGAGAGACUGAGGACGCCGAAGGACCAAGGAGGCGCCUCUGUUCUUCAGGAGCAGCACCAGAAACUGAAGGAUUUCCCGAAAGGUCUGACCUUCUCCUUCGCCAAAAGACCGGAAUUUGCGCACCUCAACCGUGACCCCGAGAUCGUCCCAGCGGAUGGCAGGAUGAUCUUCCUCUACGUGCUGACCAGCGACUCUUGCUCCCAGUACAUCAACGCCACUUUCGUCAAUGGCUUCGACAAAAAGGACGAAUUCGUAGCGAUGGAGCACCCGAUGGAGCACACCCUCGACACAGCCUGGAGGAUGAUCUACGAGAGGAAGAUGCCGGUCUGGAUCCUCAUCCACGCCUUCCCCGACCACGACAAGGAUUUCCCGAGCGUGCUCCCUCCCGCCGGAGAAGUGUGGAACCUGAAGAACAUGAGAGUGGAGGUCAUCAGCAGUCAGUUCUAUAACAACUUCAAUGAGGCAACCGUUCAGGUGUCGUUCGUGAAUAAUGAGAAGGUGAUGGGCAGCCACCGCUGCACCGUACUGCAGGCGGAGGGUUGGCCCGCCAGCGCCGCCUUGCCCUCGUCGCCGCUGCCCCUUCUCGCCGUCCUGGAGCGCCUCGAGUCCCUUCCUCGGAGUGGCGGCCCCGCGCUCUUCUCCUGCAGGGACGGCGUGAGCGGUUGCGGGCUGACGCUGGCGCUGCAGCUGGUGCUCUCCCGGGCCAAGCUGCUGCAGGAGAUAGACAUAUACCGCGCCGUCCUUAGCGUCACGUACGACCGGCCGCAGUUCAUCGCGUCCUUUGAACAGUAUGACUUCUUACACGAGGCGGCGGCCAUGUUCCUGGAGGCGUUCAGUAUGUAUGGCAACUUCACCUAAGUCGCCAUAUUUGCCACCGUGAGGCCCUGGCUGCAGUUCAGAAGGCCACAGGCGAGGUACCUGAGGUGGAGCGAGGUACAGAGGACUAUGGACCGGUCAGCUGGGUUGGGGGCGAAGUGGAGAGGGCCGUGGGUGAGGUACCUGAACUGGUGUUGAUGUUAAGUGAAGAUGUACAUUCCAUCCCUGAUGUCGGAUGAAAAAAAGGCACAUUUGAUACGGGGACGAAAAAGGUCAUAGGCUUCAGACACCCUCCCCCCUCCUCCUCCCCCAUUUCCUGGCGCUUUACCCGUUAUCUGGCUCGUCACUCUUUGGCUAUGCAUCCCCGAGGCCUGUAACAGGAUGCGAUGACCAGCUGACUGCGUGAGGGUGCCCUAUCACAGAGCACGUUGGCGAUUCCCAUUUUGGCCUAGAAGUUCUCUGUGAGCCACACACUGACAUGCUUUUCAAUAUGAACAAUUCUACCGAGAACUUUAUCAAGGGAAGCUUCGUUCGCACCUUGUGAUGAUGAUGUGAAUGAUGGUGCGGGCGAUAAGAUGGAGAGAAAUUAGAAUCACAACCAGGUUAGGGUAAUAAUGACAG